CCAGUGCGAACAUGCGGUUAAUCCCAAGGAAUCAGUUACUUCUCUAGACUGGGGAUACUAUGGGGAAGCUUCGCGGGGUGACCAGCCGAUGAAAAAGAGGCGCAAGAGGCAUUCUGGUGCCAAUGGUAUUGCUGCUGGAGCGGAAGACGAUGCAGGUGCCAUUGUCGUUGCGUUCGGCACGAGCACAUCUGAAAUUAGGAUGUAUUGCCCUUCUGAGGACAAGGUCACUGGUGUUCUUACCGGAGGGCAUGAGAAGGGGAUCAGAGAUUUCAAAUUCACCCCAAAGAAGCCUGCGCAGGAAGGAUGGAGUAUUGGCGGUGAUGGGAAGCUAGUACAGUGGAAUUUGCGCAAGGGAAGCAUUGUGAGAGUGAUUUCCUUGCCGUCAACUUCCAUAUCUGCACUUGCUCGACCAGUACCAGCAAACCCACCGGUGCUAUGUGCUUCUCAAACACCCUACCUAAUCAGCGCAGACAACGAAGCUAGCGAUUCGGAACCGCCGUUCAGUUCGAUGAAGGAUGUCGUUCAUUCUCUCAUUUCUUCCAACACCGACUACACCGAUCUAUCAGGACCAUUCCUUGCCUCUGAUUCUGACCGCUAUAUCAACGUCUUCAAUUCCCAGAAUAAACAGCUUCUUGGCUCUUUGGUUGCGGAUAAGGAAAUAGACCUAGUUUCCCUAUAUCCUGGUUCUCAUAAGGCGAGCAACGAGACCGAAAACUUAGGCCAAAAACAACAGCUAGCUGUUGUCACUCGUGAUGGCGCAAUCGAGAUCUUCUCCAAUCCUUUCCAUAAAUUUGGUGAGAGCUCUGCAUCCGGUACCGCUGGCGCUAGUCUCAAAUCGCUCCGAAAAUCCAUGACCUGUCGGCCAGACGCUGUCAUCAAGCUGGUUAAGCCUGAUAAGGCACGCUCACCUGUUCCCGUGGUCUCCGUAUGCUUUGAUGGUGCGGACCUAGUAGUUGUUUGGGUUGAGGGAGGCAUAGACCUGGUCUUUGAUAGGAUACCGUGGCUUGAUGAAACAACGCAGGAGCUGAUGUACAGUGGUGAAACGGAGUUGGCGCGCGGCAAGUCCUCCUCUAACAUUGGUAACGCCAUGAUGAACGGUGUCAAGGAUCUAGGCAAGUCUCAUGUGGAUGAGAGUCAUGCCAUUGUCGAGCAAGGCGGAUUCGCCGAAGGCGUCGAUGAUGAGGUCGAGGACGAAAAGUCGGAAAACGACGACAACUCAGAUGAAGAGCUGGAUGAUGCAGACCCAACUUCCAAUGCCCUAACAACUACCAAUGAAGAUGUUGAAAUGGCAGACCACACAGAUGCGGAGGAUGCAGCUGAACCCUCGUUUGGUGAGCUGCUGGCUUCUGCUCCCCAGACCAUCAGUGUCUCCGCAGACUUCAUGGAUAAGACCUCCCUGCUUCAAUCAAAAGCUCUCCCCACAGAAUCUCAUCAGCUCCCCGUCGGCCUCUCCCUAGCAACCGUCCUCUCUCAAUCUCUCAAAACAAACGACAACGCUCUAUUAGAAUCCUGUUUCCACACAAAAGACAUGGCUAUCGUAAAGACAACCGUUCAGCGGCUCGAUUCAUCCCUUGCAGCUACCCUGUUGCAAAAACUAGCUGAGCGUCUAUCCACUCGUCCAGGUCGGUACGGACAUCUACUAAUGUGGGUUCAAUGGACAUGUAUUGCCCAUGGUGGCUCCAUCGCCUCCAACAAAGAUGUUCUCAAGAAAAUCAAUUCACUGUUCAAAGUCAUGGAGCAACGUUCGGCAAGUUUACCUUCCCUCUUACUUCUUAAGGGAAAGCUGGAUAUGCUUGAAGCCCAACUCACAUUGAGACAAAGCCUGCAAGGCCGAGACGGCCGUGUCAUUGAUCCUGACGAAGAACGAGUCAUCUACGUUGAAGGACAAGAAGAUAUAGUUGAAGGUGAUGAGGACGAUGACGAUGACGCAGGAUUAAUGCAACUUGUUGCCGAAAAUGAGCAUGUCCCCGGCCGUAAGGAGGCCCGCGGUAUCCUAGAGGAUAAUAUGUUUGCCGACAAAGAAGGGGACGAAGAUAUGCCCAUGACGAAUGGCGUCGAGUACGACGAAGAAGGGGAACAAGACGAUGAAGAAGAUGAGGAGGAGGAACUUCUCGAUGACGAGGCAGAAGUUUCUGAUGAUGGUGAAGACGAAGAUGAUGACGAAGAAGAAGAUAGUGAUAAAGAGCCCAACUAUGAGGAAGAAGCAAGUCUGUUGGAGUUCCUUGCUAAUUCAGAUGAAGAAGAGUCUGAAGUAUCUGAUACCCCUGCCACAAAAUCGAAGAGAAAGUGAAGCGGUUUUUCUCCUAAACACCGGAGUGAGGAGAUAUAAGAAAAGGACAAUAAAUGGAGGUUAAAAAUCCGUAUAGAAUGGAAUGGCUUCUUCUCUUUCCAGUUCUCUUUUUACAUCAUUUUAUAGGCUGGAUUAUAUUUUUUUCUUGAUACUAUUUUUUUUUUUUGGCAUGUAUCCAUUGGGCGAUUACAAUUGUUCAAGUCAGAGGGAAGCGAGGUCGAUUCCACUGAAUUGUUUGUUACUUGCUUAUCAUGUCUUGUCUCUGUGCCUACGAGUCUACUGCUUGUGUCCAUUGACUUACAAAAAUAUCUCUUUAUUGCAUCAUAAAGUUAGUAGUCUUUUUUCUUCUACUGAGUCGCCCCGUCGGCUUUAGCUCGCUAGUUACGUGUCUGUCAAAUUGAUUGCGGAAACUUAAAUCGCUCGGAGCAAACCAACCACUAUACCAGGGUUGAAAAGGUCAAAAGGCUUGUCUAUAGUUUUCUAUCCGGCGGCAAACAAAUGAAAAUGAUAAUAAUUAAUGAUAUUUAAAGCAGCAUACUUUAGGUUCCAAAGGUAUAGUAGACGUCGUACAUGCACGCUUGACGCCCACAGAGGAUGCUGCUCAGGGGGUUUUCUUUCGUGGCAAUGUUGAAAAAUAGGGACAUCGUACCCGGUACUACCGACCGGCUGCAUAUACCCGUCCUAUCUAAUAACUUCCGUCUCCUUCUCAAUACCCUCCAGACUCUCUAAGAUUGCGCUCCCGCCCAAUACUCCGCUGGUGCUAGCGAUGUUCUUGGGCGUCCCGCUCCAGACCUCGUGGAAUUUAACAGACUCGUCACUGGACGCCACAAUGAUACAUCCUUCUUCGGCCGUGCGUGACCACCAUGUAUCCCCUUCUUUGUUGGAGGCAGAUGACUGGGAGUCAUCGGAACUGGUAUCACUUCUAUUUGGGCCGUGUCCACGAUGUCCGUGAGAUACAGGAUCAGCAAGCUGACGAGCCAUUUCGUUUGGCCCACCAGGGUAGCUGAUUGCCCAAAGUGCGCGCCCACAAUCUCCUGGGUUCAAACUCCCAAAGCGUUCAUGUCCUGUAGCUACCGCCCAAGGAAUAGCGACGACUUGCUGGCAGCUUGGCCAUGCAAAGACUGCUAUCCGGUAAGGAUGUUCGGGAGACGCGUAGCCAAAGGUUGCAGCUAUCUCACGACGGGUUUUGCUCCAUAUCAAACUGGUUACCUGUGAGUGGACAUUGAUAAUUGCUAGACAUGCGCCAGAAAUAGCGUGGAAAAAUCGAAUGCAUCGAUCGUUCGUGCCGCCACCCGUCGCUACA